AUUGUAUUGUAUGAAUUGGAGUUAAUGCAAAGAACUAAACACAUGCUAGUGUGUUGUGUCAUUUAGCUGCCAUUCUUGAAGACUGUGGAAAUCUCUGCAAAUAGAAACAUGGAUUUUAUGGCCAGAAGUUUAAAAGAAGAUUAUUUGACAUGCGUGAUAUGCUUCGAACUAUUUACAGAACCAAAAAGCUUGCCAUGUCUUCACACAUUUUGUGAAGGCUGCUUGAAAGUCUUAUUAGAUAAGUCGUCUAACAAAUUAGAAUUGACUUGUCCAACAUGCCGGGAAACUGUCCAAUUACCAUCUGAAUCAGUGUCUUCUUUGAAAACAAACUUUAUCUUUAAGGACAUUAUCGUCAAAUUAUGUUGCUCUAAAAUUUCUCGGCCUACACGAUUGUGCUCCUUCUGCAUCCUUCAUUCAAAAGAGGUGGAGGCUACCCACAAAUGCGUAACAUGCUUAGAUUUGCUAUGUUCCUUCUGUGUGCGACAUAGACAUCUCUUCACUAGACAGACUGUGUACCAUACAGUUAUUAGUCUUAACGAUUAUUUGGCGGGAAAGUACAAGAAAGAGAAGAACCAUGAAAUACUAUGCGAAAAACACCACGACAAGAUACGUUUCUUUUGCCCGCAAUGUUCUGUUCCAAUCUGCAGUGAAUGUGCUCUGAUGGAACAUAGAUAUCAUGAAUAUGUGCCAUUUGCAGAGGCAAGACACAUUAUAAAAGAAGAGAUAGAGAUAAGUUUAAAGGAAUCAAAAGCAAAACAAGAAAAACUUAAACAAGCAAAAGUCUCUCUUAUUUCAAAAUCGGAAGAGAUCUCAUCGAAUGAAACCUCCCUCCUUGCUAUUGUUGAUUCAACUUUUAAGGAAAUUCAAUUAAGAAUAAACAAACAUCGUCUUAAUAUUGAGGAACAAAUCAAGAGAAAGUCAUGUGAAGAGAAUGAAAAAAUCAAGGUCUACAUUACUGAAAAUUUGAAUCUCCAAUUACAGAUAGAAGAAUCAGUCUCGUUUUGUGAAAAAAUUUUGUCAAACAGAAGUGAUAUGGAAGUAGUUUUCUUCCUGGAAGAUAUGAAAUCAUCAUUAAUAAAAUGCUCAAAUCAAGAUGAUCAGAAUUACCAGGUUAUUCUUCAAAGUUUGGAAAUCAAUGUCGAAAGAGAACUUCACAAAAUCUUUAAUUUGAAAGAAGUUGUCAAUGAUGCUAAUGCUUCAACAUCAGCCACAGUGAACUCUGACACGUCUCUUACUGCUCACGACGAGGAACAAAACACUGAGUCAACAGACCCAGAGUAUUCAGAAAAUAACACUGACAACACACUGGAAAGGGAAAUCUUAAACGAGUCACAGACAAAUGCUGCAGGUCCUACAGCUAUCUCUCCAAAAUGUUUGAAAACAUAUGACCUAUCAGGAAUUUCAUGCGAAAAGCCUAGAAAUUAUUCUUCUGUUACUUGGAUUAGUAAAACUUCAUUCGCUCUCGUAGACGAACAAAACCAGACUGCAGUAGUCGUCAACGAUGCACGUGGAAAAACCAAAGUAUUUUCCCAUCCGGUUCAGGAAAUUGUUACCAUUGCUUAUUUCAACGACUAUCUCGCAUGCAAAACACAGUCAGGAGAUAUCUAUAUUUAUUCUUAUCCGGACUGGAAAUUGGAAAGAACUUUUAAAGGAGCUUACGCCCUAUCAUCGCGCUCUUCUGAGUUGAUUUGGGUUACGAAAGAAAAGAUAAUGAUUUUUGCGAAAUACUCUAUUGAGGAAAAGGACAUCAAAGAUGAAGAGGGAAAGUCCUUUAAGUUUAGAAGGCCAUUCCAGUUCUGUUGUCUUCCUAAUAAGUCCUUUGCGCUUACAGAUAAGUAUUAUGAGAGUCUGUAUAUGUUAGAUCAAAGAGGACACAUCUCGGCAAGACUUACGCUACCUGGGAAACUAGGUGCACUUUCAUGCGACCAAGAUAAUCGCAUUUACUUGACCUGCUAUGAAUCGAAUUUUGUCAGCAUCCUAGACACAAACGGAAAAUGUCUGAAUACAAUAUCUCUGUGUUGCAUUCUAAAUAGACCUAAAACAAUUUCUGUUCGAAAUGAGGAAGCAAUGUUGGUUGCGAAUAGAGAUGAAGUCGUUCUUCUUUCACUUACAUGAAUUUCUAUGUGACACUAUAAUUGGACUAAAAGCAGAAUGUAGCAAAUAUGCUUAAAAACUCAUUAGUAUAAAAUAAUACCUAAAUACGUGUAAACAAAAGAAAGAAAAGAUAUUAACUGGACAAUAAAUUAAGAAAAAUGCAUUGUACUUACAAUACUAGGAAUUAAUAAAACGCGUUUGUAAACAUGAAGAAAUGUAAAUUAUUUGAUACCCGUAAGAAUUCUAAGAUAAGAUUAUAACUAUCAUAGUAGAAUGUGUUAAGUUCAAUCAAAAUUCAUAUAAACAAGAUUUAUCGAUUGAUAAAAUGUGUAUGUAAGUAAUUUCUUGUAUAGAAAUAUAACCAAAAACAUCUCUGAAUUUAGUUUACUCAAAAGGGAUUUCUGGAACAAUUUGGACUAAAUUUACGUAUAUAAUUAUGUCAUAUUUGGGACAGAAAGAUGUGUUCAAGUGUAAUAAAUUUCAAAUAUAUUUUAGGACUAAUCACACAAAAUUGUAACAGAUAUCAACAAUUCUAUAUUUCAUAUCAAGAAGGUUUGUGGGAGGGGGUAAAUAUUGUAAAAUUAAGUUUUUGAUGUAGCAACUAAUUACAAAAAUCAAUCAGAUUUAUUUAAUAUGUGACACAAAGUCUAAUAUGUUUAACAAAAAAGAAAAGUUAUUUUCUAUCUUGCUAUUUUCAUUUCUAAAUGUUAACUAAACUUUGAAAAUAGUGUUUUUACAUUAAAAGCGACAAUAAUCUUAUAAAAAUCAUCUUUCAGAAUUUUGGUAAUUAUCGGUUUUACAAAUGUCCAAUCCACACUUUGCAAAAGUUGUUCCCCUUUACAGUGUCAACCAAAAGGUCAAAAGGGAAAAAACAACUUUUCCCUUCUUUAUGCAGCAAAAUAUUUAGGCGUCCUGUGAAGAAAUCUCUUGGAAUCAUUUUAUUACUUCGAUGUGUGGGUUGCCCCAACUUGGGGCAAUCAAAAUUCACAGCGAAACCGGAUUCUAAUGUCAAAUGACGAAGUUACAACCCUCUAAACUACAAAGGCUACUGUGGGAAAUAUAUGGGUUUUCCACCAAAGAUGGCGGCAAAGGGACAUAACUUUUGUUAAGUGUGGAUUGGUCUAUGAAAUCUUAAUCCUAACCUUUUGUUCGAGCUUUUGUGAACCUCAUAUAUGAAUAUACGUAAAAAAUAUUGAUCUAUUUUAUUAUUUUAAACAACUUGUUUUAAUGUGAUAUUUUGUUUGAUUUUGUACUUGGUUUUUAGUUGCUAAUUUCAUUUUCUGGUUUAUGAUGUUCUAAUACUUUUGAUUUAGUCUGAAAUUUAAAAAAAUGUGUAGCUUCUGAUUGCAAGGGUUGCUCUGAAUGCAUUAACGAUUAAAAAUUGACAUUUCAAAUCUUUCUUUUUUAUUUU